AUGCCUGCCAAAAAGGGCGGCUACCCAUCAUUGGAGAAAUUUCCAUACUUUUGGUGUAACUCAUCAGGGCAAGAGGUUUGGAGGACGAGAUUCCCAUUCAAUGCUACAGAGCACUGCCAAGGGCAUGACACAUUCAACAUGCCAGCAGUGGCACAUGCCCGAGUGGAACAACGCGGAGAAGAUGGAGCAGUGUCAAAGAGCACUAAGCAAAGCGUUUUUGCAUUCAAUACAAGCAGCGAAGAGAGCAAGAAAUGGUUCAGCUGGUUUGAGCUUCCCAUUGAGUGUGGGUGUAACAAGUUUGGUACCACAGACACCGCCAAGGGGGCUGUGGAAAAGAAGUCAGUCCUGGCCAUUGGAUCUGGUUGCCCUGGCCAAGCCAUGGAAACUAGUCAUCAGUGCCACCAACUGUCAACAAAGCAGCAAGAAGAGGUUGGUUCGGUUUGCAUUGAAAUUGCAGGCUCCCCACCAAUUUUGGAAGUGACAUACAAGGCAUCCAACAACUAUGCUUUCACAAGAACUGACUUCUGGUUUGACUCCAGCAUUACGACGCUGCCUUUGAAAAGUGAUGGUGCUCCUGAUGUGGACGACUUUGGCUUCUUUUGGCGCAAUUCAUCUGGUGAAAGCGUAUGGUCGACCAGAGUUCCUAUGUAUUACUACUUUGGCUGCUCUACGACUGAGGACGUCCACAUGUCAAUGGUUGCACAUGCUGGUGUUGCCCGCCGCUUUGACAACGGAACGUUGGAUUUUGGAUCGGGUGACACAGCUUUUGCAUAUGGUCUGGAAGGGCAGGACACCACAAUGAUAGAUGCUGCAUUCGACUUCACAUUGCAGUGUCAAUGUGCUCGAGAAAAAUCUGCGGAAGAGCUUUCAGCGCCGCUUUCAUCUCUACAAUUGCCUGCAUCUAUGGGUGGGCUGAACGUUGGCUCGACCACAUGCCCAAACAGGAUAGCAUGGGCAGAUAAACAAUGCUUUAAUGUGACAGGAACUGACGAGACCUCAACAGGCAAGGUUUGUGCUCAAGUUGUUGGGAACCCUCCUACCAUUAUGGUCACAAGAGACGUGUCUGGCGACUGGGUUCUCCUCAAGAGCAAGUUCUGGUAUGGAACGAGUGCCGCAGAUGUUCCGAAGAGGAAGAGUGGAAGGCCAGACAUCGAGAAGUUUCCAUACUUCUGGGGAAAUUCCUCGGGAGAAGAAUUCUGGACCGGUUCGGCAAUUCUGGAAAACUCCUUCGAUUGCCGUGACGCAAGUGAGUAUGCUAUUGACUUGGUUGCUCAUUCGACCUACAUGAAGAAAUUUGAAAAUGGCACCUUGAUUCAUGGGUCCAAAGAGGCAUCCUUUGCCUACGACCACAGCAGUGACUCGCACCACAAUGACGACUUUGGAUGGAUUCCACUCAAGAUUGGCUGCAAGUGCACAACUCAAACCCCCAAGCUUGCUUCAACAGUACUUCCAUGGAUGUAUUCUGCGCCGUCUCGGUCCAAGGAACCCUACUCUGCUACCAAACCACAGCCAUACUGUAUUGACGGCGAUAACGGGUCCGGCCGUGAAUGCCACAACAUGAUGGUUGGCGACUCUGCAACGGCUGGUUCCUUGUGUGUCGAGGCUGUUGAUGAUUCAGAGUAUUUUGAAUUCACAUUCCAAAGCACUGACGAAUGGACUUUACUCACGACCGAGUUAUGGCUCGGGGACAGCAUCGAGGAUGUUCCAACUUCGGAGACGGAAGAUGUCAACAACAACCAAUUCCCUUACUUCUUCCGCAAUUCGACGGGUCAACAUACCUGGAAGACAAAGAUAGCCUUGAACGUUUCCUUUGACUGUUCGAUGAUUGACGAAUUCAAAAUGGCAAUUGUGGCUUCGUCUACAUUUGGAAAAGUUGCCCAAGAUGGUUCCCUCAUCGAUGAUACGGAAGUCGUGGCCUUUGUCGAAGAUCGUCCUGACAGUCACAUGUUCGGAUGGUUUGGCUUGGGCCUACGCUGCAACUGUGGCGGAACGCUGGAGUCUUUGGUGAGUUCUGCCAAGGCGAUGCUUGCUGGAGAUGACGGAGACAAGUCCUGCGUAUCAACAUCUAUUUUCAUCGACGAGGACUUUGAAGACGAAGGUUCCGAGGACGCAUGGGACAACGGAGUCAUUACCAAAGGUUCCGACUUUACGUACUUUUUGGGUCGCCUUGGUGGCGACUACGUGCCUGAGGUCUCUCGUUCAUUCUCUGUUCCCACAUCGAAAGAUGGUCAAACCAAAGCAGACAGCAUUUCUCUGGAAUUUGUCUUGUACAUUAUUGACGAGUGGAAGGAGAGCGAUGCCGUUCGAUUGACCAUAGGAUCUGACGAGGUCAACCUUGGGCCGUUCGCUAACUACGCCAACACGGAGCUGGCCGGUUCCGUAGCUGGUAUCUCAUGGCGCCGCACGGUGAUAUCUCAUGGCCAGAACCUUGGGUUCGGAGAAGCCAUGGAUGAGAAGCAUCUUGUCCAAAUCGCUGUGCCUGCUGACCACUUUGAUGAUGACUAUUCCUUGUUCUUUGGCGUCAAGGUAGCCCUGGGCGAAGACGCUGAAAACAGCGCUGGCAUUGAUGACCUCAUGAUCGAGGCACACUACGCGUGUCCCACGGACGACGAGCAUCGCGAUCUUAAGGCUGACCUUGACCGGCAAGAUCAGAAGGAUGUUGCCUCUAGCGUUGUGAAUGCUACAGUCUCUGACAGCACCAAUCUCGGCACCCUGACUCCACCAAUCUCCGACACGGUUGCCAUUCCCGAUAUUGCCACUCUGAGCAACACGAGUGCAGGCAACAUGGCUGUACCCAGCCCUGCUCCGAGCUCGCAAAGAAACAGUGAAAAGAAUGAAGGCGAAAGCCUGUAUUGCUUGGCUGAGGAUUUCCCCUGCGGUUCGAAUGCCGACGACGUGUACGUCUGCCAUUAUUCUCGAAUGCGAGGGCAUCAGACACUUUGCAUCCCAGAGGAGGAAUCCCACAUUCUACGUUAUUACCCUCAAGAUUACUGCGGGCCUUGUGUUGGCAGCUUUGCGGAAAGUCCGCGCAAUAUUGCAACCAGACCGCCUCUUGUCGCCUCUGAUGAAAACAUGGUUGAUGUCGAAGAAGGUCGUUCGAACUUCCAACCACGACACUCGGCGGACAACUUCAAUGCUGAAGAAGAAGACUCAUCCAAGAAAACAGAGACCCCGAACGAUGGCGGCAUGAACAUCUUCACCAAAAUGCUGAUUGCUGCAGGCUUUAUUGCCUGUGUCAUGUACCUGAAUGUUCAGGUCUUUGCUCCUCGGCGGUCAUCCUCCAUGCACACUUUACGACGACGACACCUGCACGUGGACGGCGGAGUGAUGCGAAGUGAAUCUUCAUCCACGGAUCUCGAUGCCUUCCGAAUAUAA